AAAAAAAAAAGGUACAUAAUUGGACUGUGAUUCUUUAUUAGGGACACUACAUGCACCUGAGUUAAAGGAUGCACACUUUUAUGAGCAUUACACCAAUAACAAAGAUAAGUACAGUUUAUACCUCACAGGGGUGCCAAAAGAUAUAUCACGGCCGUGAUAUAAUGCAUGAUGACGUUCGGGAAGUUCAGAUGGUCGAUAUGUACCCACAGAGGACCUGUAAGGCUGUUAAAAGUCUACAGAAAUAAGUUUCGGGGAGAAGAUGAACUAUAGAAUGAAAACAAAACAAAGAAUCCUGGUAUUGUGUAUCGAGUUAAAAAUGUCAGUGUUGUGUAUUAUUAAGUUAAUAUCAUUUUGGUGUAGUUAUCCUGUCUACUAUUAAUAGUUGUUUUUUAUUAAUUGCUCGUUAGUAAUAUGUUCAUCUUGUAGCACUUUCCUUUCUUCACACGUCGUCGUUAUUAGUCACUUGGCAUCACAAAGCACAAGCGAAUGAUUGAGGUUAUUACGUGUGGCUUAUUGAACGAGGAACAUGUGGCAGAUUGUGGUCAUUAAUGCAGAUCCUUUCAGUCCACUUUUAUGCUGCUUUGAAUCUUAUUUGUACCGUAUUUCUUGACCCUGCGCCUGUGGUUCAGUCCGAGUCUGGGUUAUUUUUUUAAGAGGCCGUUAAGACGAAGUGUUUUUAAAAAAAAAAAAAAAAAAUGUGAAAUGCGUGGGAUAUGUCUUUGUAAACUCCUUUUGAGUUUGCUGUUAAUAAAAGACCCGAUUCCCAGACGGACUGUAGGUCAGAUCAGACAGCUGAGCUCCCAGACGUGCGCCUGGUUAAAUUUGCAUAGGUGAAAGUACCGUGCCCAGCCGCUGUAGUAAACAAAGCAUGCCGAGCCUGCGUGCAGCCGCAUGAAUAAUUAAAGCAGCGUUGAGAAAAGCCCAAUCCUGCGCACAUUAAGCCACCAUUCAUCUCACUGAUGCAUGUGAAUCCGUUUCUCACACGUCACGUUGGCUCGUACUGUCAGUUUGCCAGAGCAGUAGCUUUUUACGUAGCCCAGGCUGGAUAGUAGCAUAUUCGAAGCGGGAUAAACUUUUUGUCUUUGUUUGUUUGUUCAAUCGUUUUCGCUCAAAUAUAGAGUCUGUGAGAGGAAAUAACGAACAAUUUUUCCAUCACACUUUAGUCCGUGGGAUUUCUGCGUUCAGUUUUUUGACGUGACCACGUGUGACGUUUAAACCAGUUCGGCUUAAGCGAUUUGGAAUUGCCAAUUGUGAUCGCUCAGAUGGUGUUGAUUAAUUUUCUAUAACAGCGGCUCUGACGGUAUCGCCGGUGUUAAUUAAUGCACUCGCUCUUAUACAUUAUCGUUUUGGUAGUAAUACAGUUGAGGUCAUAAGUUACCUUCAUACACAUUGCAGUGUCUUGCACAAUGCUUUGUGAUACUGUUUCACAAGUUGUCCCUUGUUUGUCCUGAGCAGUUAAACUGCCCACUGUUCUUCAGAAAAAUCCUCCAGGUACUGCACAUUAUUUGCUUUUCCAGCAUCUUCUGCAUAUUUGACUCUUUCCAACAGUGGCUAUAUGAUGUCGAGAUUCAUCUUUUCACACCGAGGACGACUGAGGGACUCGUACACGACUAUUACAAAAGGUGCAAGCAUUCACUGAUGCUCAAAAAGGCAACACGAUAUGUUUAGAGCCAGGGUGGGUGUAAACUUUUGAACAGGAUUAUCAGUGUAAAUUGUUAGGGUGAAUCUUUUCUGUAGUUCUUUGUAACAGUGAGUAUGUUUUCCUCCGUGGGGAAUUCUUCAGUGUGCAGGACUUUGUGCUUUCCAGUUGCUGAUUUUUGUAUCAUUAACUUCUGAACACUGGAGCAACGAGCUUUGGACGAGCAGAUGUAGUCACUGGAUGGGGAAAAGUUCAUGGUAUCACUUCUUUAAAAGUUAUUCGAGAGUUUUAACAGAUGCAGUGUUGGUGAAAUGGAAAUAAUUGGUUCAGUGACGGUGCAAGAGAAGUCUGGCUCCUGAGAUCGUUGGUUUUUCUUCAGUAACUGCUUUAUUCUGAGGUAGGUACUGGGUUCUUGCAGUAGUAAGAUGUGAGCUGAUGGCUGGUCGUUGCUUGUUUGGACGAUGAAAGGUCACUCUCCACAAAGUGUGCGUGCACACAAUGUAGUUUUGGGUUCAGACGCUAUUACAUUGCAUCGGGUCGAUCUAUAAGCAUCCAGAAUUAUUGUUAAAGAUGGCCGACCUCUCGUUUGUCAGCAUCGCAGCACCGAGUCUUCUCCUGUACAGGAGUUUUAAGACGUCUCCUCAAUACAGGAGCUCUCCAGGCUCCUAUGUCCUCUCUUAUUGACCCUCUUCAUGUCAGACCAGGUCAGGUCACAGGACUUGGAUGACCAUGUCAGAAACUUCGUUUUGUGUUUUUUUUUUUUUUUUUGGAUCGUCGUCCUGCUGGAAGAUCUGACCACGAUCCGGUUGUAACCUCUUGGCAGAGGCAGACAGGUUUUCAUUUAAAAUCCAUGAUGCCGUGUAUCACAACUAUGUUCCCAGGGCUUUAGGAGGCCAAACAGCUGCACAACAUCACAGAUCUUACACCAUCCUUGCAUAAUAAUGGGAAUUUUCUCAUUUUUACAGAAAAACCCAUCUUUCCUGUUUGUUUCUGAAAAAGUCCUGGAGCGUCUUGCAUAUUCAAGGCGCUGACAUGUGGUUGGAUGAAAGAAACACCUUUCCGCCAGUCUUCCCGAUAGUUUGUUGGCAUGGACGUGGCGUGUAGUUGUAGAUUUACUUGAGAGAGACUUGGGACCCACAAAGUGCUUCAAUGUUCUGCAGAUUUCAGCGAUCUUUAGAUAAGUGUUUGCCUCUUUAACCACCUCUUCACUGUACGUAGGGGCAAAAUAUGCCAAAUGGUAAAUGGGCUGCACUUAUUUAGCGCUUUUUAACUUUAGCGCUUAACGCUGUUUCUCAUUCACCCGUUCACACGCACCAGUGACAGCAGAGAUACCAUGCAAGGUGCUAACUUGCCAUCUGGGGCAACUUGGGGUUCAGCGUCUUGCCCAAAGAUACUUCGCCAUGUGGAGUCAUGUGGUCUGGGAAUCGAACCUCCAACCCUACGAUUAGUGUGGAUCGACAACACUGGAUAUAGACAUUUUCAGUUGUGGGUGUGUUUGUUUUUAUAGCCUCGUUUAUGAAAGUCAAAAUACAGUUUCACAUUUUAUUUUAGUAUUCAUUAAUCUUCCCCAUGUUGGUGAAUGACACAGGGAGUUUGGCCUCGGUCGUGUCGUAUUUAUACACCACUCAGAUGAACUUGCAUUAGGAUGAGAGCGGUGGCCCUCUUUUGAAGACCCCAUUGUUUCAGCGUCACUCCGCUCUAUCCAAGCGCCUCCACCAUGAGCCUCAUCCAGGACAAGCUGGGAAGCGAGUUCCUGCGGCCGGGCGGGGGCAUGGAGGCCGGCUUCGGUUCGAGCAUGCUGAUGUUCAGCCACCUGCCACCUGUCACCAGCUUCACCCGCCUCACCGGACAGAGCGUCAUGGCCGAGCUGCAGCCACACCCACACGAGCUCGUCCUGAAAAAGGAGCGCCACUCGCCCGACUGCAACGCCUCUGGAGGAGGACUGGUGUCGGGGGUAGGGAUGAUGCCAGGGAUGGGCGACCACAUGCCUGCUAUGGGGAUUAAGCAAGAGAAGGUGUCGGAGCUGGACUACAGGCAAGCUAUGUAUCCGAGCGACGGGGGUCGUGGUGGCACCGAGAUGCUCGAGAUGACCCUCAGUAACCAUCAGAACCUGCCUGUACACGACCUCAGCGUGGGGAACCUGUCAGGGAGGCUGGGAAAGGACUCCUCCGGGAGGAAAGGUCGAAGGUCAAAUGGUGACGGACAGGAAGGCAAGACGCGGCGGAAACGAGGAGAAUCGAAGUCUAUGAUGCUGGAUCCUGAUGGAGGGAUGGUGUCUCCCAGCUCCAAACCACACAUCUGCGAGCACUGCAGCGCAGCCUUUCGCAGCUCCUACCAUCUCCGCAGACAUGUUCUCAUACACACGGGUGAAAGGCCAUUCCGGUGUAAUCAGUGUAACAUGAGCUUCAUUCAGAAAUACCUCCUGCAGAGACACGAGAAAAUACACAGCGGAGAGAAGCCUUUUAGCUGUGACCAGUGCAACAUGCGCUUCAUUCAGAAAUACCACAUGGAGAGACAUAAACGAACACACAGUGGAGAAAAGCCAUACAAGUGUGACACCUGCCAACAGUAUUUUUCAAGGACUGACCGGUUGUUGAAGCACAAGCGGACAUGUGGAGACGGCAUUAAGAAGGAUUUGGAUGGGGUAGAGAUUGAGCUGGGCAGGGAGGCCCACGGCGGGCAUGGCAGCUACGCAAUCACUCAGGGAAACGUGACCACACCAGGCCGCAAACGAGGCAAGUCCAAAACUGGUGGCGAGGGUGGCAAACGCAAGAGGACGUCAGCGCCCACACAUAGUCAAGGGACAGAACAGUAUGGCCUGCACGAUUUUAACACUGUGGACAACCAUGGACUCUCACUAUCAUCAUCAGCAGCAGCAUCCCAUCCAGGGCCCAGCAUGCACGCAGAACCUGUUCCAGCACCUAAAAUGGCAUUUAAAAAGGGCCACAGGAGAGGCCUUGAGAAAAAUGCCCAAUCCAAGCCUGGCAGCAUGGAGCUGACUGGCGAUGCUGGCAUGGAUGACAUGGGCCUUCUCCAGAGCCACAAAGCAUGCCAAAGUAGCAGCAACAACAGCGCCAAUUAUGACGAUGCCAUGCAGUUCCUGAAGAAGCGCCGCUAUCUGCAUGCAGCCAUCAACGGCGGGGUAGGGGGUGGAGCUUCUAGCUAUGACGUAGGUGUCGGUCACUUGCAGCCCCAGCCAGUGGUUGUUCAGGGCAUCGUGUCUGGAGUAAUGGAUGGAGACCCCUCGUUGGGACUCCUUGACUCGUCGCCUCUGGCUGACAUCAAACCGGACAAGUCGGUAAUCCCAGAUGAAGUGCUACAAAGCCUGCUGGAGCACUAUGGCCACAAGCCCGAUGUGACCUUUGACUUAUCCGACCCACAUCCUGUGGAACUGGAGCAAGGCACGAUCGAGGGUGUUGACCCAAUGGGUGCCGAGAGCAACCCAGGGGGUGGGGACAAGACGUCCUUAAUGCACGAGUACUCUCGCUUCCUCCUGCAGGCUCUCGAGAGGACGAGUCACAGUGGUAGCUUUGUACUCGGGCCAACACCUUCCUCCUCUUCCUCAUCCAGUGCUGUUGCUUCUUUCCCCACGUACACUACCUCCCCUCUGGAGUUCUCCUUCGGCCUCCCAGCCUCCUCCUCCUCCUCCUCCUCUCCAACACUCAAUUCCUCUGUGCCAAAGCCACACUUUGGCUUGUUGGGGAGCUCGUCGCCUUCGCAGGGCUUCCAUCUGAGUGGCCUGGAGCCCACGGCACACUCCCAGCAUUCCCAGCAGCCUCAACCUCAGCAGCAGCUCACCCCAUCCCAGGAGCUGACAGAACAGCUGGAGAAACAACACACCAACUCUCCUCCUGCCCCUCCACACACCCCCAACUCAAGCGCCUACCAGCUCCCGGCUCCAACCACUGACCUCACCGGCCAGAAAGAUGGCCAAGGCCCCAAAAAUGGCGCCACUGGCUUCUCGAUGGUCCCGGCCAAAGGCUUGUAUCAGAUUGAGAACUUUGCUCAGGCGUUUGGGCAGUUUAAAAGCGGGCGUAGACCUUUGGUGUUCGGUACAGACUCGGGCGCAGAUGUGGAGCAAUUCUCAGGGUACAGCAGCCUUCUGGCCAGCGUGAGCGACACCAAAAGCCCACAAAGCCAAAGCUACAACUGAUCUGGCUGUAGAGCUUCUGCUUAUUCAUUUGGUCUUUUGUAUCGUUGUUGUUGUUAUUAUUGUUAUUAUUAUUAUUAUUAUUAUUAUUAUUAUUAAUUAUUAUUAUUUCUAUUUUAUUAUUAUUUUUGUAAUGCUUUUUUUUUUGGGUGUGUUUUCUGUAAUUAUCUUGUUGCCAUUUAUGAAAAUAUGAAAUUUCAUCCCAGCUGGCAUGCAAAGCCAAAAUGAAAUGCAAAUUUUUUAAAGUAUUUUCGUUUCAUUUCCUUUUUUGGAAGGAAAGACGUAUUUAGUUAUUAUAUUUCCUCUUUUUCGUAGUGUCCUAGAGACUGCUCUGUUCAUCGAUAGAACAUCAUCAUGAAAAAUAGAGUAGCGGUGAACUUUCUGAAGUUUUUUUUUUCUUUGUUUUUGUUUUUGUUUUCCCCUCUCUCUACCCAACGAUGCUCAUGUUUUAACAAUGUAAGAUAACUUUGAUGUAGAAAUGGCAGGGAGUAGCCUGGGGAAAAAAGAGAAGAGGGGUGGGAAACCCCCCCAAAAACAUUGUCUGUUACAAGAUUUUAAGUAUUACUCAGGUAAAAUGUGUAAAGGUGUACAGGAGAAUUUUAUCAGAGGGGCAGCAAUAAUGCAUUGAAGAGGUGGACACUUUGCAAAUACAGAGAAGCUUUCUUUUAUUCUCCUUUUUUUUUUUUUUUGCGCCUUUUUUUUUUUUUUUUUUUUUUUUAGUGCGAUUCAAAAAGAGACUAAACUGCUGCCCGCUCUGUUUCACUGACAACACUUUCCACUUGGCUGUAUAGAGAUUAUGGUACUUUUAUGUCAAUGUGAAAUGCUCACAUUCUCUUUCAAUAAGGGCCAUAUAUAUUUAUAAGAAUAUCUAUAUAUACAAUACCGUAUAUAACCUUUCUGGGAAAUGGCGGGUGACAUCGGGGUAAGCAGUAGGGUGGAAAAGGGGAUGUGUCCGAGCAUGCUCUUUCCUCUUUUUCCUACGCCAAAUCCCCCACCCCAGUUUUUCCUCUCUUUUUUUUUUUUUUUUUUUUUUUUUUUUUUUUUUUUCUUCUUUUUUUUUUAUUUCUUUUUUUUUCACCCUUGGAGAGCAGAGCCAAGGGUUGCUCGGAAGAGGGCGCCAUGUGUACAUGCGCGAGUGCCUCUUAGCACACACCAGCUCAUAGGACUAUGCUGUGCCUCUUUCACCUCUGUCUUUUCCCCCCUCUUCUUCAUCUCGAAAAAGAGACCAGUCGAGCACUUUUGAACCUGUUCCUUUUUCAUACAGGAUGAAACGACCCAGUCUGAUCAAGCAGGAUGUCCAUUCUGUUACAGUGGACAUGCUAUUAAUUUAAAAAAAUAUAAUUUUUUUUAAAAAUCUAAAGUUUGAAAGACAGGCAAGGGAAAAAAGAUCAGGAAGGGGUUUUUUUUUUUUUAGUCACUUGGGGUGGGUGGGGUAGUUUAGUUGGGGCUUGCGGGUGGGGAGGGGUAUAUGGAUAUGACGAGGUCUUACGUUUCUAGCAUGGUUUAGCGGGUAAAAUGGAGGGUGGGGUUAUUUUGUGUGUUCAUGUUUGGAAGGUUUUUUUUUUUUUUUGGACUUCUGGAUGUAUGUAGGACAGGCCUACAGAGUAGAGUCGGAGGGAAUUUAAAAUUUCUUUGGUAGUAUUGAAUCUGUGGAAACUGUCGAGUCUAAACGGCCCCUCUUAAAGAUGCUGUGAUUUUAUUUUUUUCACUGGGCAGGCGAUCCAAAAAAAAAAACCAACAGUGCAAAACGUAAGCGUUUCACAGUGCUGAAACUGUGUGAGCAUGCAGGGUGAAGUGUUAUCUUCAACUACAUUUCUACUUUUUGCUUUGUACUGAAUAAUUUAAGUUUUUUUUUCUUUUAAGUCAUCGUCUUCCGCCACCGCAGAUGGCUGCUCUGUCUGUUCUUCAAUCUGUUCCUUUUUGCUUUUUUUUUUCUCUUCCCCCUUCUUUCAGUAUAGCUCUUUCAUACUCACCUACUGACUUCUUCAGUCGGAACCUUCUGGAGGCAGAUAUCACGGGGAACAAAAAGUGACCACUAGAACCAAGUACUGUGUUUGUAGCAACCUAGUGUACUCGUAUGGCUGUUAUCAGUAAUGAUCCUCAGAGCUGAUCACUUUAUACCUCAUAUCACUGAUGACACAAGCAGGGAUACAGGACAGAAUGAGGCGUGCAUGUAGCAGGGACGAUUUGGCUUUACUAGAGAAAAUCCUCAUGGUUUUUUUUCCUUCCUUCCCUUCUAUUUUUUCUGUUUGUUAGGGUUUACUCAGUCUGUCUAGAGAUGGCCUUCUAGAGAGCAUGACCUCUCGAGUCUUGAAGUGGAUUUGGACUUCUAGGGAAAAAAAAAAAUCCAUCCUGAACAACUUGCAUAUCAAUAGUCUCGAAGAUUAUUUUAUAAUGAAAUUCAAAGUUUUUUUCUUUUUUGGUUUGUUUAAACUUUGUAACCGUUUCCUACAUUACCCACAAUGCUGUUCGACUACGUGCUGAUAGUGGUGCAGUGGGAUUUAGCUCUCGCUUUAUGUCUACUUAAAGAGAGUGAUGCAGCAGAGCUUCAGUCCACUCUGCCUACACCGUCAGCAAUGCCGUAGCGCUGGUCAUCUUGUUGGUCACUCACUAACCGUAUCUCCUUCGUCACAUAUCGCUGCAUUGCAUUCUGGGGCCAGCAUUUGCUUCUGCGCUGGAUUUCUUCAUUAAUACGACACUGAAAGUUGCUGGAAAAUGGUGAAUGAGAAAAGAAGCUGUUGCUCUUUUUUAAAAAUUUUUUACGAGCGAACAUCAAAUCCUGACCGUUAUCCAUUAUGUUUGCGAUCUGUGAAUUUUUUUAUUUUUUUAUUUCCCUGCUCAUAUUUAAACCCUGUUGUAACUGCGCUAGAAACGCCUACGUGUGACGACUGCGCUCCACGCACCUGCUAACUUCUCACAGAAAUACCGAAAAUACAGCACCAGCCAACAGAUUAGCACCAGAAGCAUUAAAGUAAUGCUAAACAUUAAAUAAACAUAUUUAAUCUGUUUCAUGGUGGAUUUUUCCUUGAACUAUGGCACUGAAAGUAGAGCAGCUUUGCAAAACUCUGCUCUUUUAACAAUAGUGGAGAUUUGAUCCACUUAUUUUUAUUUUUAUUAUUUUAAUUUUUUUUUUUACACUAAUCUUAAAAAAUUGUAUUUUGUGGAUUUCCAAAAAUUUUCCCCAGUUUUAUGUUUCUCAGGUGGAAAUGUGGUGCAUCAAUAAAGAGAGGAAAUGAUGUGUAAAUGAUGCAUCAAGUGAAAAUCUGUUCACCUUUAAAUAUAUGAUGGUAAACCAAAUCUGUAGUCUUUUUGGUGAAGUUUUCUUAAACUGUUUCUGAAAAUUUGGGUACAAACUUGCCUUAUAACAAGUCAUUUGUAAUGAUUUUAAAGGCAUGUACACGCACUGAUAGUUGAGAGUCUCUCUCUCGUAGCAGUGAGUUUUACUGACUGGACUUGUACUUUAAUCUUCACGACAUUUUGCCAGUUAUCUUUUGGAAAUCUAUCAGUUCUGGUGUUGAAAUUGAAAAGUCCACUCACCUAUGUCGUGGAUGACCUGAAAACAUUCACAGGUACUUCAGUUUGUCCACAUUUUAGCCAAAAGCCUUUAUUAUAAAUACAGGGAAAGUGUUGGCCUCUCAUUCAGACUGAUAAACACCCGUAGUGUUCAUUUUUAUGCUAAAACGAAUCGCACGUUCUCCUCAAUGUGACUUCUAUCUCAUCACCAAACCAAAAUGAUGUAUUCUUAUUGUUUACAUACAACGUACAAGAACACUAAGAUGUUUCUCUCUUUUGUCAUGUGGUUUUUUUUUUUUUAUUUGUUUUUUUUUAAUUCCCCCUUUCUGCCCAUUUUGUCCCCACACAAAUUUGUAGCUAACCUUCCUUCUGUCUUAUUUUCUUACAGAUUCUUGUGAUCUGACUCACAGGGCUAUACCUGUCCCUUUGAAUUUAUUAUCGAUUAGGGGUUACAAAAUAAAAUGCUGUUAUCAGUCA